AUGGUCGACCAACACACCAUUCUGCCGACAUCCUCGCCCAGGAGAUCGGCAGAUCCUGCACUUGCCCCUCAAAACCAGCAUCAUCACGCGCACCACAACCACGCGCCCAGCGCGCAAGCACCCGACGACAUUGUUUACACGGCGGGCACUACCGCUGAUGCGCCGCAUGUUCCUACGCAGAAUCACCAGCACUUGGGCACGGGUACUCAAGAUGUCGAAAAGAAUGGGUCGUUGUCUGCGGGUACCCUUCCCGCUUAUAGCGACGAGAAGGGCAAGGCUGACAUCGAGAACACUGCUGCUUCUCAAGAGUCUGCACCACCAACUGGCUGGAAGGCUGGUCCGUUGGGCACUGUCUGGCGUUUCAGGCGUCCCAUCAUCCACUUCAUCAUCUUCGGCCUUUUCACAGGCUGGUGGAUGGCCUCGUUGAUUUUGCAUCACGAUGACAAGAAUUGGGUGGUCCCAUUCCUGCUAUGGCUCGCCAUUGUUCUCCGUAUCAUCUUCUUCUACGUCCCUAUACGCUAUGUGUCCACUCCGAUCCGUUGGGUUUGGCACAACACGGCUGUCAAGCUUCAAAGCUUCAUCCCCGAGAGGUUCCGAACUUUGGCUGGCGCUGCACUAACCGUGGCCGUUAUCCUGGUGGGAUCCUUCGUCACUGAGGAGAGUGCCGACAAUACUCGCGAGAAUCGGGCCAUUAGCUUGUUUGGCAUGGCUGUCAUCAUCUUCGCUUUCUGGGCCACCAGCAGGCACCGCAAGGCUAUUAACUGGCGCACCGUAUGUGGUGGCAUGCUGGCCCAAUACAUCAUUGGCCUCUUUGUCUUGCGCACCACGGUCGGUUACGAUAUCUUCAGCUUCAUUGCUGCACGCGCAAGUGACUUGCUCGGCUUCGCCAAAGAUGGCGUGGAGUUCCUGACCAGCGAGGAGACGGCGAAUUUGCCCAUGUUCUUCUUUGCCGUUCUUCCAGCCAUCAUUUUCUUCAUCUCGCUCGUCCAGGUCUUAUAUUACAUUGGUUUCCUUCAGUGGUUCAUCCGCAAGUUUGCGACCUUUGUUUUCUGGGCCCUCGAGGUGUCGGGUGCUGAGGCCGUUGUGGCUGCUGCCACCCCUUUUAUUGGUCAGGGCGAGUCGGCGAUGCUUAUCCGUCCCUUCGUCCCACACAUGACCAAGGCCGAGAUCCAUCAGAUCAUGACUUGCGGCUUCGCGACCAUCUCUGGCUCCGUGCUGAUUGGCUACAUUGACCUGGGCCUGAACCCUGAGGCUCUCGUGUCGUCUUGCAUCAUGUCGAUCCCUGCCUCGCUGGCCAUUUCCAAGCUGCGUUACCCAGAGACGGAAGAGACUUUGACAGCUGGUCGCGUCGUCGUUCCUGAUGACGAUGAGCACAAGGCUGAGAAUGCCCUGCACGCAUUCGCCGAGGGUGCUUACCUUGGUGUCAAGAUCGCGGGUACAAUCCUCGCGUCCAUCCUUUGCAUCCUCGCAUUGGUUGGGCUGAUCAAUGGUCUGCUCACCUGGUGGGGCAAGUACCUAGACAUCAACGAGCCGGAACUCACCCUUCAGACCAUAUUUGGAUAUCUCUUUUACCCCGUCGCCUGGCUGCUGGGUGUGCCUGUCAGAGAUGGCGCGAAUAGGGACGAGAAGAACAGGGACAUCUACAAGGUAGCCAAACUGAUCGCUGAGAAAGUCAUCGUGAACGAGUACAGCGCUUUCAAUAUGCUUGUCACGAACCCAAACUUUGCUGACGAACUCUCGCCCCGCUCCAAGCUCAUCGCGACCUACGCGCUUUGCGGAUUCGGCAACAUUGGCUCUCUGGGUAUUCAGAUCGGUAUUCUCGGACAGCUUGCCCCUUCCCGCGGUGGCGAUGUCUCGAGUCUGGCAAUCUCUGCUCUCUUCUCCGGCGUCAUGUCUACGCUGACGUCCGCGAGUGUUGCAGGGUUGGUCAUCAGUGACCAAAUCUCCAGUUUCACCAGCGCUGGUGGGUCUUAG